AUGCAAAACAAGAUGGCUCGUGUUGUCGCUGAGCCCAACUCCACUGAUGAUAUCUCUCGAAUUCUGAAGCGCCGUGGCCAAAAGAUGUUCGAACAAACGGAUAACCAGAAGAAGCUCGAGCAACUUGAUAUUGACUCUGUUCUUGCAAAUGCAGAGUUGCACCAAACGGAAGAAGCAGAACAAAUACAGGCAGACGGUGGCGAGGAAUUCUUGAAGGCCUUCGACUUCGUCGACAUCAAAGUCGACGAUCUUACCUGGGACGACAUCAUUCCCAAGGAUCAACUUGAAGAAAUCAAAGCCGAAGAAAAACGCAAGGAUGACGACGUUUACCUUGCAGAGGUCAUCGAGCAGAAUCGACCUCGCAAGCGUCACGCGCCCGCAGAAACACCGGACUCAAGAGAGGAACGAAAGGCUAAGCGUCUUGCUAGGGCCCAAGUUCACAUUGACGAUGGCGAAGAUGAGAACUCUUCAUUGGACCCCAAGCGUCCUCUGGGAGAGAAAGAGUACCGCGCGCUCUCCCGAGCCUUCCUUCGCUUUGGAGACAUGGAUGACUCCGAAGAUCUCAUCCUUGAAGAUGCAAGGUUGCAAACUCGGGACCGGGAAACCGUUCGUGCUGCUCUUCGCGAGAUCACCGAGAAAGCCAAUUCACUUGUGCAGGAAAGUCUGGAUCAACUAGAUGCCAUGAAGCAAGCGGGCAAGAAUCCCACGAAGAAGGAGCAAAAAGCAGUCUUGUUCGAUCACCAUGGUGUGAAACGACUUAAUGCAUGGACUAUUGUGGAGCGGCCUCCUGACAUGCGCCUGAUACGGAGUAUCACGACAGCCUUGCCCGAUUUCAGGACGUUCCGUCUUCCCGAGGCCACGAAGUUGGCAGACUACAGCUGUAUGUGGGGUGCACGUGAAGACGGCAUGCUUCUUGUUGGUAUCGCGCGCCACGGAUUCGGAGCCUGGACCCAAAUUCGUGAUGAUACCGAGCUUGGCCUCGGCGACAAAUUCUUCCUCGAGGAGCACCGAGUAGAACGCAAAACUCAGCGACUGCAGACCGACGAGAAGGCAACCAAGUCUCCAGGUGCUGUGCACCUUGUUCGACGAGCCGAAUACCUGAUGUCUGUGCUGAGGAAUAAGUAUAACAACAACGCUACUGCUCGGAGGGCUGUUGACAACCAUCAUCGCAAUAACAAACGCAACACCCGAGUUUCCGGCAGUGGUAGUGUUUCUGCUUCUCCGGCGCCCUCAAGUUCUCGCAGACCUGAAAACCCGCGCAAAGGUCAUCGCGAAGCCGAUCGCUCGCGUCAACGAUCACAUACUCACGGUGGGCGGGAGGGAAGUGACCGCCACCACACUCCAAGUCACGAUCGCCCCCGGUCUGGCCUUGACAACCGCCCUCGUCACCGCCUCUCUGAUGCGUCUAAUGAUGACAUCCGGCGUCGGAGAGGACAUGAAAACGGCGGAUCGAGCAAAGAGGACAUGGCUUUCAUGUUCUUCAAGCCCAUUGUUGCUACCCUUAAGCAGGUGUCGAUGAUCACCGCCAAAAACUAUCCCAACAAGAAUGAGAGAGCCCAAAAGCUUCGCCUCACUCUCGUGAAGAUUGGUGAAUUCAUCCGAAAUACCCUAGACGGCCAGCAAUCCAUGCCUUCGCUAGAGGUCCGCUUAUGGGAUCAUGUCUCGCUUAACUACUGGCCCAACAAGGAUGCUAGCGGAGCCAAGCUCCAGCUAAUGUUCAACAAAGUCAUGGAAGCGAGCAAGGCCUCCAAAGCUUCUAACGGUACAUCGGCUUGA